AUGAAAUGGAUGAAAGAUGCAAAAGAAGGUAUUGUUGUCGCUGGUGGUAACGGUCCAGGAAAUAGUCUAACACAAUUGUGGGCUUCUAUAGGAGUGGCCGUUGAUCAGUUGGGCACUAUCUAUAUUGCUGACUCAAAUAAUCAUCGAAUAAUCCGUUGGCCUCAAGAAGUUAAACAGGGUAGUAUUGUUGUUGAUGAAAAUGGUAAAGAAGAACAAGCAAAUCAACUCUCCAGUUCUUUAGAUUUAACGUUCGAUCAACAGGGAAAUUUAUAUGUUGUCGACAAUGGAAAUUAUCGAGUACAACGAUUCAAUAUAGAUAUAAGCUGA